UAUCGCGAUAGUUGGAGAUCAGCACGGAAGAAGCUAAGCUAGCUGUGAGCUCACUGACUUUCCUUCAACUGGUCGGUGAGACGACAGAAUGAGUUUAACGUCUAUAAUCCGAUGAGUUUACGAACAGCAGUUAGCUGGUGACGGUUGUUUGUUUUUUUUAUUUUACAUCAAUAUGGAUUUAAACACAGUUAAUCGCUCUCCGAGAGAGGAAGGGGAGCUCGAAGACGGAGAGAUCUGCGAUGAUGAAACCGAGGAGAGUGUGCCGAUCCGGCGGGGGGAUGGGAACAGGCGCGGCGGCGGCGGCUGUGGUGCUCCUCCACGGACACGAAAACCUCACCUACACCCCCACAAAAUGCUGCCACACAUGGGCCACCCGCCGCCAGAUUUUCGCCUCUUAAUGCCAUACAACCUCGGACCUCACACACACGGCCCUUUCCCCCCGAGCCACAGGCAACAGUGCGAGCCUAGCGGGCCCGACCGGCCUCCCUCUCCUCUGCCUCUGCCUCUGCCGCCGCCGAUGCCGAUGCCGCUACCGCUGCCGCCGGGACUCGGUCCUCACUGCGAGCCGAGCCCACGGUCCAGCUUCUGGGAGCGGAGUCACGGCGCCCUGGGGAGGUUCAGGCACCGGGCCAUGCCGAACCGUGGACGCGGAGGCUGGAACCGAGGCAGCCGGGGUGGUGGAAACACCAGAGCUCCCCCAGGUCGUUACGGGCCCGGAGAGAGUCACAGCAACAAGAAGGACUCUCCCCUGAGAAAGCAAAAGCCGCUGGGGAGGAAUCAAGCAAGAAAAGCGGCUCACAGUGUUUCCAAAUCAGACACCAGUGUUGACGAGUCCUUCGAGGACUUGCUGUCAAAGUAUAAGCAGAUUCAGCUGGAGCUGGAGUGCAUCCGUAAGGAGGAGACCAUGGCUCUGGAGCCCAAAGGUUCCCCUGAGAGAGACGAGGCCUCGGACCACGCCGCCAGUAUUGCAGAAGCCAAACCAGUAACCGAAACGGCGAGAGUUCCGAGUCCGGCAGGAGCGGAGGAGACUCCAGAGAUGAAGAAAGUGUUCCAGGCCUUCAACAUCAAACCGCUCCGUCAGAAACUUCCCACGCCUGUUAAUCUGGACGAUCCCAAGAGGAAAUGUGGCGAGCAGGUCAAGAGUGGUGACGGAGAGCAGGAGGGUGAAGAAGAAGAAGAAAGAGCGACACAAGUGGGAGCAGAAACCGAACAAAAAGCCGAUAAAGAGGUAGAGGAGACGAAGAAGAUGUGUUCGUGCUGCAGCGAGGAAUCGGAGGACGACGGGAAGGAGAAAACGAAGAAGGUGUGUUCGUGUCGGAGAGAAUCGUCGGCUUCCAGCGAGGACUCCGUCAUCUCUCCAGACAAGCAGCCGGUGGUGAAGGUGGAGGAGGAGGAGCUGUCGGAGCUGCAGCUGCGUCUUCUCGCCCUGCAGUCGGCCAGUAAGAAGUGGCAGCAGAAGGAGCAGCAGGUGAUGAAGAGGAGCAGGGAGCGGAUCACCAAGGCGGCCCAGGAGAAGAGUUCCAGCUCCAGCCCCACUGCUGCUACUGCUGCUGCUGCUUCUCCUUCUGCGACCAGCAGACAAGUCAGGACAGAGAGAGUCACCACCAGGUCCGCCUCCUCUGCUGCUGCUGCUGCAGCUGCUGCAGAGAGGAACAGAACCAAGUCCAAACCUCAGGACCGGGAGCGAGACAGGACCAAGACCGGGGCCAGACCUGGAGACAGAGACAGAGAGAGGCUGACAGACAGAGAGAGGCUGAAGCCGAGUCCUAAACCUGGACCUAAAUCCCCGCUGGAGAGGAGCAGAACUGCAGGAAAACCCCACAUGACCAAGAAGAUCAGCCCAGGUGAGAAGGGCUCUGCGGCCAAGCAGGCGGCCAGGAAGCAGCAGCUGAGGACGUGGAAGCUGCAGCGGCAGCAGGAGGAAAAGCGACGGCUGGAGGAGGACGAGCGUCGCAAACGAGAGGAUGAAAUCCGCCGAAUCCGUGACCUCUCCAACCAGGACGAGCAGUACAACCGAUUCAUGAAGCUGGUGGGGGGGAAGAUGCAGACGCGCAGCAAAUCCAGAGAUCGAGAACACAGGAAGUCAACAGGUAAAACAGGCCUGGACGCCUCAGGGAACCUCUACCAGUAUGACAACUAUGACGAGGUGGCGAUGGACACAGAUAGUGAGACCAGUUCACCGGUCCCGUCGCCGUCACACGCUGCGUCCGCUGCAGACGAUCCAGGAUGUUUCCCUCAGACGUCUCUCUACAUGACAGACUCUGCUCAGUUCAGCAUGGAUUUCUCUCAGCCCUUCCUCUCCUCCAUGUUGUCGGGCGUUCCUCCUCCGCCGCCUCCUCUCCCCCCUCCACCUGACGAGCUGGAGCCUCCUCCCAAACCGCCCUUCGCUGAUGAGGAAGAGGAGGAGGAGAUGCUGCUCAGGGAGACCUGUCUCAUGUCUAUGGCCAACAAGAGGGUGCCAGCCAGCGAGGAGAAGAUCUGCAGCGGUCCUCCCUCUCCAAGCUGUCAGCCUAACGCCGGCGAUAAGCAGCCGACCAGAGGAAACCUGAGCACCGUCAGCCUCAACACGGUGCCCCCGUCACGCACCAACAAGUUCACCAGAGGACACCACGCUCCCAGAGCGCCGCUGUUGCUGCCUCGACACAAGUCGGUGGUGGUUUCGCUCAACGAUUCGGACGACAGCGACUCCGACGUGGACGCCGGCAGCUCCUCGCAGGCCAUGUUCGGAGGUCUGGAGUUCAUGAUCAAAGAAGCCAGGAGGACUGUCGAGGCAGCGAAGCCUAAAGGUGCGUCAGGAUCUGAGAAGGAGAACAACCCAGUCAGAACUCCAGAGGCUUUACCUGAAGCCAAGAAGGCCGAGUACCGCCUGCUCAAAGAGGAGAUCGCCAGCAGAGAGAAGCAGAAGAUGUUGAAGGAUCACAGUCUGAGCUCCUCCUCGCCUGCUGUCUCUGAUUCUGCGGUGGAUUCAUCAGCGAAGUCCGCAGCUGAGCUGAAGCUGACUGAAGUAGAGAAGGGACUCAAAAAACACAGAGACCUGCUGCAGAGAGACGAAGCCGUCCUCAGACAUCUGCUGCAGCAGGAGCUGAAGAAGAGAGAGUCUCUGAGGGCGGCAGAGACGAAGGUGGCCAAACUGAGGGAGCAGCUGACAGCCUCCGAGAAGAUCGUCAGCGCGAACAAGACGUUGCUCAACAAGCUCCAGGAGCAGGUGCACCGUGUUGAACAUCGGGUGUCCAUAAAGAAGAGUGUGGCUGCCAAGUUGGAGCAGGAGCUGGUUAAGGCUCUGCAGGCCGCUGGAAGAUCCUCGAAACGCCGACAAGACUCCAACCAGACUCUGCCCAAUAAGCUGCAGCGUGUGGACGGAGCUUCUCUCGGCUCGGAGCGUCACUUUGCAGAGCUGAUCGCUCAGAAGCAGCGGCUGCAGCAGCUGGAGUCCGAGUACGCCCUCAAGAUCCAGAAGCUGAAAGAAGCUCAAGCUCUGCGCAACAAAGGAGUCGCACCAGAGCCGCCCGCAGAACCACGCUCACGAGCUUCCACGCCCCCCGACCCUCAGAGUCAGCUGCCUCCUGCCUCCAGCCCCUUCCCUCUGCCCCAGCCCUCCCUGCACGACCUCACCCAGGACAAACUCAUCCUGGACAGCGAGGACGUCCCGGAGGCUGAGGAUCACGAGUCAGAAUCCACAUCCGCACCCGCCGCCGCCGCUACCGCCACUGCCAAAGGCACCCGCCGACACUCCUUCCGUCGGUCGGACUCAAACUCCUUCACCAAACCCAACCUGGAGCAGCUGAGCUCGACUCCAGCUAAAGACAGCAACACUGCCAAACCUGCCAAGACUGUGAGCAGCUCCCCUGAGCCUGCAGAGAUGAUUGCAGGGCUGGACAUGGACUCUCUGAAACUGAGAUACCAGCAGCAGGCGCAGCUGGGAGAGCUGCUGCGGCUGGAGCUGCAGAAAGUGGGAGAACAUGUCGAUAACCUCCCAACUGGAAAGGUGGUUGCAGUGGAGGUGGACGCCGCAGCAGGAAACACAGAGCUGAGGCCUGUUCCCUUUGGACCGUAUCACAGCCCUCUUCUGGUCUUCAGAUCAUACAGGUUUAGUCCGUAUUACAGGACCAAGGAGAAGUUGUCUCUGAGCUCGGUCACAUACAGCAACACCAUCGAACCAAAGAAGUGUUUCUGUCGGUUUGAUCUCACAGGAACCUGCAACGACGACGACUGUCGAUGGCAGCACAUGAGGAAUUGCACUUUAUCUGGAAACCAACUGUUCCAGGAUAUCCUGUCGUACAAUCUGUCUCUGAUCGGCUGCUCUGAGAGCAGCUCGGACGAGGACAUUAGUGCUGCAACAGAAAACUAUAUGAAGAAGCUGUUUGGCACAAACAAAGACCGAAUGGGAGUCGACCAGAAGGCCGUCCUCCUCGUGAGCAAAGUGAACGAAAGCAAACGCCACGUCCCUCCUUUCACCACCUUUAAAGACAUGAGGAGGUGGAGACUGAAGCCGUCAGCGCAGAAUAACCUUCACCCUGAGGACGACAGCGAGGAAGAGACUGCAGGUGGAAACCCGACGCAGGGAAGAUACGACGACGGCUCAAAGACCAGCCUCUCUGCUUUGGAUGUGUGCGUCACGUCAGAGGACAAACGUUAUUUUAUCAGUGAGACAGACGACAUAUCGAACCUGGAGACGAGUGUCCUGGAGAGUCCCCGAGACACUCAGCUGUGGAUUAAAUUAGCCUUCAGAUACCUCAAUCAGAACGAAAUCUCUGCAGCCGAGUGUUUGGAAGCCGCCUUGAACACGUUGUCUCGCGCUCUGGAAAGUAACUGCGACAACCCCGAGGUGUGGAGCCACUACCUGUCUCUGUUCUCCAGGCGAGGCAGCCGGGAGGAGGUCCAGGAGAUGUGUGAGAUGGCUGUGGAGCACGCGCCUGACUACAGAGUGUGGUGGAACUAUCUGAACUUGGAGAGCUCGUUUGAGGGGAAGGACUACGUAUGUGAUCGUCUGCUGCAGUAUCUCCUCAGCGAAGCGUCCUCUGGUGUCACAGAGAAACUCUCCUUCCAGCUGAUGGAAGCUCUGCUCUACAGAGUCGACCUCAACCUGUUCACAGGCAGGAUGGAGAGCGCUCUGGCCAUUUUACAGAACGCGUUGAAAUCGGCUCUCGAGCGGAGCAUCGCUGACCAUCUGACGCCGAGUGACCGGGCGUUGAUCUGGCUCUCUUACAUUCACCUGACGGAGUUCGACCGGCUGCCGUGCAGCCUGUACGACCCGGCGGAGUCCGGCCCGUCCCGGCUGCUUAGCAGAGAGCACUUCCUGCUGCCCUGGAGAACGCCGCAGGACAUCAGCACGCCGCUCGACAUCCUUAUCGCUCUCUUCCAAGACGCCAUCCAUCAGUGCAGCGAUGAGUCUUUGUCUCAGAGCGAGAGGACGCUGGCCUGUCUGCCGCUGCACUCAAACCUCAUCUUCCUCAACAAGCUGCUGGAGAGGUUUGACGAGGGCAUCGUUCUGUGCGAGUCCCUGCUGGAGUUUUGUCCGGAGUCGUGCACGCUGCGAGACGCUCUGGCCGACCUCCACUUGAGGAAAGGAAACGCCGAUCAGGCGGUCAGCAUGUGGCUUCACGCUCUGGCAGAGUGUCCCAACAACGCAGAGGUCUUCUAUCACUCCUGCAAGUUCCUCAUGGCUCAGGAUAAGUCCAGCGCCGUCGUUCCUCUGUUUCGAGGAUUCAUCUUGUCUCUGUGUGAGGAUGAACAGAGUCAGAAGAAGCCUGUGGACGUUCUGCGGCACAUCCUCGGUUUUGCCACUGAAGAGCUCCUGUCAGGUUCGAUCAUCAGGAAGGAGCUUCAGGAGCAGCUCAGCCAGCAGAUGCCCUACCUCCACCUGCUUCACUGUCGCUGGCAGUGGCUGCACAGUUCUGUGGAGGAGACGGUGGACGCCUUCGAGAGAGCGCUGGGAUCAGCCAUGCCGCUGGAGGAGCUUCACAAAGUCUGGAUGGAUUACCUGGAGUUCAGCAGCAGUCAGCUGGCUCGCUCUCCAGCCAACAGUCAGUCCAGAAGGUUCUCAGAUCUGGUCCAGCGCUGUCUGAGCACCGUUCCGUCUCGCCUGGAGGUUCCCUUCAAUCCCGCAGAGUUCUGGAGCUGCUACCGCUUCCACAACAAGGUGGUGUCUCUUUAUCUGAGCUGUCUGCCGCAGUCCCAGCAUGCACUUGUCCUGGAGAGACUGCGAUACGCGAUGCCCAACAACACUGAACUGGGUCUCAGGUUGCUGCAUCAGGAGUGGCAGGACGGAAACAUGGAACAUCUGAAAUUCCAGGCCCGGAUGUUGACUAAUAACGCUCCAAAGUGUUUGGCCAACUGGAGAAUAUCGAUCGCUGUGGAGAGAGAGCUGAAGGAGCGAUCUGAGGUGCGACUUCUUUAUCAGCAAGCCCUGCAGAACCUUCCACUGUGUGCUGCCCUGUGGAAAGAUCUGCUGCAGUUUGAGUCAGCAGAAGGAGGUAACACAGAUAGACUGAGGAGGCUUGUGUUGAGGUGUCAGGAGGUCGGAGUGAGUUUAGUUGAGGUCAGAGCCGCUCACACGGAAGAUCUCGGACUCUCCAACAUUCCUCUGAACAACAACAACAAGUUAUCAUAGAAUAAAGUCACACUGCAGAUGAUUGAGUGAGAGCAGACAGAGGUAAGACAGAGGGGGGAGGCGCCUCCCCCUCCUCCAGGACAACAGAAACCCCUCUGCAAUGGAGGCCACUGCUGCCUCCUUAUAUCACCUUACAUCAUGUACGUAAGUAUAGACCUGCUGAGUGACAGUGUUUACUUUGUCUUCCCUGUUUCGUUUCUGUCACUUUUCAUUUGGAUUUCAUUCCCCCCCCCCCUCCCCCCUGUU